AUGAAUUAAAUUUAGUAAGACACUGAAGAGCCAAUCUCAAAAUUAAAUCAGUUGAUGUUAACGGAUGAGCCCAUCGGUGAAAUUUAAGAUUUUCUCAAUUACUCAUUAUCAGAUGGCAAUUUCUCAAUUCAAGGCUCAAGAGUCAACACUAAUAACAACAUCCCUAGUUAAAGUUCUAAACAUAAAGCUCAUGAAUCCAAGAGAGUUACUUUUGAUUCUUCUCUAAGCAGCCCAACGAAUAAGUUUCUGAUGAAUAAGAAAAGUUUAAAAACUUCAGAACUUCAAUAAUUCCCAUAGCAAUAAAUAUAUAGUGUAAUCUAAUUUUGUUUUAUAAAACGAUUUAUUAACAGAAUAAGUUGGAAAAAGAAAAUCAAUUCGUAAUUCAAUCUUUAUUAAUACAAUAUUAUUCAAGAUUUAGGGUCUUCAUUUAAUUUAAAACUAUUUCGUGAUAGUGCAUUGAACUUGAAACCCAUGGUAAGCUAAUUUAGCCAAUCAUCUGAAGGGUUGUAGUAACUUGUUAAAAAAAAGUAAGAAUUGUCUAUCUAUAAAUAAUAGAGAAUUAUCAAAUAAGAUCAAAACGUAAAUUACUUAUUUAAAGACUUGCAAAGAUAACUUAAUAAAAAAAUUAGAAUUAGAAAUUGAGAAAAUUCCAUUGAUUACUCCUGAGUCAAGAUUGAAAAUAGUAUGGGAUUGUAUAGUGAUGAUGAGUAGACUCUAUUUUCUCUUUGUAAUUCCAAUUGAUCUAGCAUGGGAUAAAUAUUAGAUCAUAUACGGUGAACUCUAUAUACCAACCAUCCUUAUGAUUCUCCUAUUAGUUUUUGAUUUCAUUUUGAGUUUCAAUAGUUCAUUUUAUCAAUUUGGGUAAAUUGUGAGCAAUAGAGCAACUAUUGCUAAGAAUGUAAUCAGUAAAAGCUAUGGCUUAGAAGCAAUAUCAAUAUUGAUUGUUAUAAUUUAUGCCAUGAUUUCCUAAUCCUCCUAAUAUGAAUUCAAUUUAUUAACAGAUUGGUGGGAUUUAUUAAUGCUAUUGUUUUAUGUAUAAUGUCGGAAUAUUCCUAAAUUGAUUAGUCAAGUUGAAGAGUCUCUCAAUUUGUCAAAGCCAAGUAGCUCUUUAUUGGAAUUAUUCAAAUUAUUAUUAGUGCUAUUCUUUGUAUUACAUUGCUACUCAUGCCUUUGGUAUUUUGUAAAUUUAUUAAUUUAAUAUUUUCUUAGGUUGGCUACCAUAGUUAUCUAUAUUCUGAAAAAGGAAGUUGGUUAGAAUUCUACCAUGUUGAACAUGAAACUUGGUAAGUACAAUAUUUGUAUUCAUUUUACUUCUCGACAGUUACGAUGUUUACAAUAGGGUAUGGAGAUGUUGUUCCAAUCAGUUACUUAGAAAGAGUAGUAGCUAUUCUGUAUAUGAUGAUAUGCAGUAUUCAAUUGAGUUACAGUGUCAGUACUGUGGGGGCGAUUAUUGACACAAUUUCUGCUUAUGGACAGGAGAAGAUGAGAAAGAUGAGAAAAAUAAAUUCAUACAUGUAAAAUCGAAAGAUUGAAUAUCAAUUGCAAUAUUAGAUUAGAGAGUACUUGAAUUACUAUUGGGAAUCAUAAAAUUCAGUUGAGAAUGAUGAACUUAAUGAUAUCAUUAAUCAAUUAUCUGAGAAUCUCAAAGAGAAAUUGAUGAAUCAAUCUAAUUCUUUGAUUUUCCAAGAAUGUCCACUCUUUAAAAAUAAUUUUAGUGAUGCCUUAAAAUCAAAAUUAGUUAAUAAGAUAAAAUAAGCAGUAAUUCAACCUGAGAAUAUUAUAAACUUUGAUUCGAUAUUUCCAUAAUAACCACCAGGGUAGUUAUUUGUAUGUUUUGUUGAAUAUGGAGAGAUCCAAAUCUUUAUCCAAAAUGAUUCAGUUGAUCAAGUUCUUGAGAAUCCUUAAAUUGCUGAGGUAUUUAAGGUUGGUAAAGGUUCUAGCUUAGGUAUCAUCAGUUUCAUAAGUGGCAAAUAAUCCUAGGAGAGAUUCAGGAGUGUAGGCUUUUCUAAAUUGCUAAUGCUUUCUAGAGAUGACUUCUUAAAAGUCAUACAGGAUUUCCCAGAAGAUUAUGAAAGAUUUAGGAAUCUAUAUGAUAGUCUACAAUUUGAAGACCUAAGCGCAUUGCAAAUGAAAUGUUUUAGUUGUAAUUCCAAAACUCAUAGAGUGCUUUAAUGUCCCUUAUUGCAUUAUAUUCCUGACAAAGAAUUGAUUAUAAAACGGUUUUGUUACAGUCAAUCAUAAAAUAGAAAUUCUAAAUAUGAGAGAAAUUCUUUUAGAUAGAGAGGAUACUUUGCAGCUCGCUUUGAUUAAGAAGUAAUAGAACAAGAAGCUAAUUCAUUUAACAAUAAUAAUUGGAAGUGGGCAGAAUUUUAUGAAGAACCAGAAGAGGAUUCAUUAAAAAAGAGUGAUAUUCAUUAGUAAUAAAUUGUGCCAGUUUUAGAAUAAAAUAAUCAAAUUCCGUAGACACAAUUAUUAUAAUAAUCGCAAAAUAUCAUAAACACUAUUUAGCCUGUUUCUGAUCAAUCCUCUAAUUCCAAAAUUAAUUUAGAACCUCCAUCCAUAAAAAAGAAGGCCACCUUAUUCAAAUAGAGAACAAAGACAAUAGAAUUAUUAGACAUUGAUGAUAAAUAACUGAAGGCUACUCUUAUGAGUAAAGCAAGAAAUUAGAAUAUUUUCAAUAAUAAUCUUAUGAUAAUAAAAGAAGAAGAUAACCAAGAAAAUUCUCCAAGGGAGAAAUCUAUCCUAGGGGGGUAAAGCAGAGCAUCCUUUAGCUUAGAUUUAUUUAAGAAGAAACCAAAGGAAAACUUUCAGAAAAUGAAGAAAGUCGUUUAAAUGAUAACGAAUAUGAAUAGAAUGAAAAAAAGAUAAAAACUAAAAAAGGAAACAAAGUCAAUUAUCAAUCAAUUCUUGGAGGUAAUGCAAUCUUAGCAAUUACUCAAAGGAUUAUUAGCAAAAGUUCGAAUUAGAAUAAACCAAAUAUAAGAUGGAAAGAAACAAAUUUUGCAAGAGAAGGAUAUAUAAGAUACUAUGUUAUUAGAGAUUAAAUUAAAAAUGGAAAUUGAGUAAUUAAAUGAAUAUCAACAGAAGGAUCAAGAUUAGAUUAUGGAAUCUUAUAAGAAAUAUAAAUAUUAUUAGAUUUAAAAUAACUUAGACUAAAUCUUAGAAAAGAUGUACUUUUAUAAACAACAAACUACUUUCGAUAAUUAAUUAAAGAGUUACUAAUCAAAAUUACUACAAUAUAUGAUUUAUCCUGAAAUAUUUUUUGAAAAAUAUAGGUAUUAAUAAGUUAUAAUUCCAAAAUUUGAGGUAGAAGAAUCUAGAAGAGGAUCAGAGUAAGAUUCUGAACGCACUCUAAAAAGAAGUCGCAUGAUUAAAAAGAGUUUUAGAAAUCUAAAGUUGUCUCAAAUCAGGCCGAUGUCUGAUGGCACUGGAAAGUUUUAGAUGUGAUUCAUUAUAUUNAUAGAGUGCUUUAAUGUCCCUUAUUGCAUUAUAUUCCUGACAAAGAAUUGAUUAUAAAACGGUUUUGUUACAGUCAAUCAUAAAAUAGAAAUUCUAAAUAUGAGAGAAAUUCUUUUAGAUAGAGAGGAUACUUUGCAGCUCGCUUUGAUUAAGAAGUAAUAGAACAAGAAGCUAAUUCAUUUAACAAUAAUAAUUGGAAGUGGGCAGAAUUUUAUGAAGAACCAGAAGAGGAUUCAUUAAAAAAGAGUGAUAUUCAUUAGUAAUAAAUUGUGCCAGUUUUAGAAUAAAAUAAUCAAAUUCCGUAGACACAAUUAUUAUAAUAAUCGCAAAAUAUCAUAAACACUAUUUAGCCUGUUUCUGAUCAAUCCUCUAAUUCCAAAAUUAAUUUAGAACCUCCAUCCAUAAAAAAGAAGGCCACCUUAUUCAAAUAGAGAACAAAGACAAUAGAAUUAUUAGACAUUGAUGAUAAAUAACUGAAGGCUACUCUUAUGAGUAAAGCAAGAAAUUAGAAUAUUUUCAAUAAUAAUCUUAUGAUAAUAAAAGAAGAAGAUAACCAAGAAAAUUCUCCAAGGGAGAAAUCUAUCCUAGGGGGGUAAAGCAGAGCAUCCUUUAGCUUAGAUUUAUUUAAGAAGAAACCAAAGGAAAACUUUCAGAAAAUGAAGAAAGUCGUUUAAAUGAUAACGAAUAUGAAUAGAAUGAAAAAAAGAUAAAAACUAAAAAAGGAAACAAAGUCAAUUAUCAAUCAAUUCUUGGAGGUAAUGCAAUCUUAGCAAUUACUCAAAGGAUUAUUAGCAAAAGUUCGAAUUAGAAUAAACCAAAUAUAAGAUGGAAAGAAACAAAUUUUGCAAGAGAAGGAUAUAUAAGAUACUAUGUUAUUAGAGAUUAAAUUAAAAAUGGAAAUUGAGUAAUUAAAUGAAUAUCAACAGAAGGAUCAAGAUUAGAUUAUGGAAUCUUAUAAGAAAUAUAAAUAUUAUUAGAUUUAAAAUAACUUAGACUAAAUCUUAGAAAAGAUGUACUUUUAUAAACAACAAACUACUUUCGAUAAUUAAUUAAAGAGUUACUAAUCAAAAUUACUACAAUAUAUGAUUUAUCCUGAAAUAUUUUUUGAAAAAUAUAGGUAUUAAUAAGUUAUAAUUCCAAAAUUUGAGGUAGAAGAAUCUAGAAGAGGAUCAGAGUAAGAUUCUGAACGCACUCUAAAAAGAAGUCGCAUGAUUAAAAAGAGUUUUAGAAAUCUAAAGUUGUCUCAAAUCAGGCCGAUGUCUGAUGGCACUGGAAAGUUUUAGAUGUGA